AUCGUUAAACAACACCAAAGCAACCGAAGCAAACAGCAGAGUAACACUGUGAGGAACAAAACCUAAAAGUGUUGGACUCAUUUGACCUUUCGUGUAGAAAAUUGGGUUACAGCUUAUUUCAGUUAUUUUUAUGUCAGGUUUGGGGGUUUCCAAUUUGUGUAUUAAGGGGUCAAACGGAAAAUGCAUUCCAGUAUGAGGUGGAGUAUGAGGAAACGAGUCUCUGAUUUUUGAUAUGCUUUAUUGAACACAGAGCAGUAAACAUGUCCUGGCGCCUGAACAGAAAGUGUCCUCAAGCCAUUGUGUUUAAGUUCUAACAAAUUGAUUAUUUUAGGAAUAAACUAAGCCUAAUGAAUUUCUGUUUCCUUCCUUUGCUCUAAUAUGGGAAGUGAGGUACAUCAUGCCAAAAACUAUCUGCAUCUAUUGUCCUACAUUUCAUCCAUGUUCUUUUAGCUUUAGUUCUUGUAGCAUGGGUAUUUCCCUGCUUCCACAUGUCUUCACAGCUUCAGUAAAAAUGCUCCUGCUAAUAAGGUAAUCUCAUGAUUUAUAAACUGACCAGGCUUAACAUUAUGAAGAUCUGUCUUAAGCUCGAAAAUUAUCUCCGAACUGUCAAUACGUCUACAGCAGCACUUCUGGCGCCAAGACAUCAGCAGGACUGUUCACUUGACCAAGUUGCGAGGUGGAGCCUCCAUCGGUCAGACAUCUCACAGUUGAUCCCGAUUAAGAUCUGGAAAAUUUUGAGUUGGUACCAUUAUGACUUGUCCCGACAUGCAGCUGAGGCUCUGCUUAUGUCAAAUGGGAUUGAUGGGAGUUUUCUACUCAGAAACAGCAACAAGGGCCCUGAACGCUUUGCCCUCUCGGUCAGGGCAAAGGACUCAGUGAAGCACUUCCACGUGCAGCGGCACAACGGGAGGUAUUCUUUUGGUUUUAACGAGUUUUCAUGCCUUCAGGAUUUUACCAGUCACCUGGCCAAUCAACCUCUACUGGGCAGUGAGACAGGUAGUCUCAUAGUUCUCCGUUUUCCAUACCCUCGCCAAGUGGAGGAGCCAUCCAUUUAUGAGUCUGUGUGUGUGCACACAGCUAUACAGACAGGACGGAGUGAAAGUGACCUGGUCCCCAGUGCUCCAUCACUUGGCACAAAAGAGGGAUAUUUGGUGAAACAAGGAGGCAUCGUAAAGAACUGGAAACAACGAUGGUUCACACUGAACAGAAAUGAGCUGAAAUACUUCAAAGACAAAAUGUUUCCAGAACCUAUCCGGACCCUAGAUCUGACCGAAUGCUCUGCCGUUCAGUUUGAUUACAGCCAAGAGAGGGUUAACUGCUUCUGCCUGGUGUUCCCUGAAAGGACGUUUUAUUUGUGUGCAAAAUCUGGAGUGGAGGCUGAUGAAUGGAUAAAAAUACUGCGCUGGAAAUUGUCACAGAUAAGAAAAGGAAGAUGAUGUCCAGAAGGUGGAAAAGAAGAAAAGGAACUACUAGGAGUAUAAGCUGUGAGGGCAGUUAGAGAUGAUAUAAUAGGAUGAAUUUAGUCAGAGUUUCGUAGCUCCUGUGGCCAUUGUAAUCUGUUGUAAAGGCAUUACUGUGUGGUGUGAAGCUAGUCUGUGUCUCACAUGUACCUGCCCUGGGAUGGCUAAAUAAUUCCUGACCAUCUGUUGUUCAAACUGCAUAUGAAGAUGGUGAUUUUCAGGGAUCAGUUAAAGGAAGAGAAUGGGUCUAAUGGCAUUUACAAAACCAGGUCAUUAAUGCUCUAACCAAUUAUGCUUUCCCAUGCGGCAUGAUGCAACUGCUUUUUUGGUGCAAUGUAUUUUAAGUCAUGGAGAAAAUACUAAAACCCUGGCUGAAAACAGGAAUUUAAUUUUGUAUAAAGUAGGAAAUAUGAAGGCAGCUACACUGGAGAUGUCUACCUCAUUAAAUGAUGGUUAACUUUGCUUGAAAAAAAAAAAAGUUGGACAACCUGUGUAUUUUAACUACAAAUGUAAUUUUUUAAACACAUGCAUAUAGAGUUCCCUCUUGAAGUACUCAAACAGCAAGGCCAAAUACGUUUUUCCUAUCCAUUUGAGUUAGAAAUCAAAAUUUGGCUAAUAGAUCAGAAUCUAAGCUUUCUUUUUCUAUUAUUCACUAAUUCAGAUGUACUUUAGGAAACAUGUCUUUUUGUUUAAAUCCACACAGUGUUAGUCAUUAAUUGGAACAUGUAAUUGACAAGAUGUUUCUUGUUGGAUGUGUGCCCAGUUAAAUUGGCUGUUUAUACAGUUAAUAGGUCUGAAUGUCUACUCUUGGUUUGUGCCCAGGGUUUUACCUGUAGAAACUGUAUUAGUUGCUACAAUGGAUACAGUUGUAAGAAAGUGAAAGAGCUGUCUAUAGGGGAAAGUCAAGCCAAUUUGAAGCUGAGAAGGAAGGGGAAACUGAUCAGAACCAUUGUACAAGGAGAGAACAAAGCCAAGAGUUAUAGGUAACACAUUGAGAUAUAAAUAUUAGAAAAUAAAAGCUUACAUAAACAAAAUAAUUGCCUUUUCUGUUACAGUACAUUCAGAGGGCAUUUUAUACUGCAGUGCUAAACAUUAAACAUCAGAAAGAACUUUGAAAGCAUAAAACGAGAACUGGAAUUCUUAGCCAACUGUUAGUUUAAACUUGUAUUUAUUUGAAAAAAACAAACAGAAGAUAUCAUUAACCUGUGAAAUCUGCUGCUAAGCUGUAACACAUAAUGGUGGAUCUACAAUGUUUUGGACAGCCAUGAUAUUUUGUCAUUAGUUCAGAUAAUUGCUUCGUGUAGGAACAUGGGACCAUUUAACUGGACUUGCAUCAAAUGCAGUUCAAGAUGACCCUACAUUUGUUGCUAAA